AUGUCUGAAGCAGACUGGGAGUCGGAAUUUGCCAAAUAUCGUUCGAGUCCGGAGUUUCACAUGCUGAAUUCACGAAUGACGCUGGAAGAAUUCAAAUCAAUCUACUGGAUGGAAUGGAUCCAUCGACUCUGGGGUCGAUUCAUCGGGCUCUCCUUCGUGUUGCCGGCAGCAUAUUUCGUCGCGCGGAAGAAAGUGUCCCGUUCUAUGGCAAUGAGAUUACUCGGCAUAGCAGGUUUAAUUGGGUUUCAGGGCUUCCUCGGCUGGUGGAUGGUGAAGUCGGGAUUGAAAGACGACUUAUUCGCACCGGGCUCGCAUCCGCGUGUCUCCCAAUACAGAUUGACCGCACAUUUGGGCGCGGCGUUUGUCUGCUACCUGGCAAUGCUUUGGAAUGGUCUUGACAUCCUCCGAACGAACAAAAUCCUACGCAUGUCCUCCGACGGUGCGAGUGCGACGCUCAAAAGCUUGGGUAACCCGGCGUUGAAACCCUUCAAGCGCUACGUGUCCCUCCUCGCAGGUUUGAUCUUCAUUACAGCAAUGUCCGGAGGCCUGGUCGCAGGUCUUGACGCAGGCUUGAUCUACAACGAGUUUCCAUACAUGGGGCUGGGCCUGACCCCCCCGAAGAGCGAGCUGUGGGACAAGUUCUACUGUCGGGCACCCGACCACAGUGAUCUUUGGUGGCGCAACCUGCUCGAAAACCCUAGCUUGGUUCAGCUUGACCACCGGAUUCUUGCGACGACCACCUUCACCGCAGUCAUGGCGCUAUGGGCGUUCUCUCGCUCAGGAGCAAUGCAGAAAAUCCUACCGAGAGCAGCACAAAAGGGUGUGCAUGGCGUUGUUGGCUUUGCGUGCCUGCAGGUCAUCCUGGGCAUUUCCACGUUAUUAUACCUAGUUCCAACUGGGCUAGCAAGUGCACAUCAGGCAGGGAGUCUGGCAUUGUUGACCUGGACAAUUGUGUUGGGAAGUCGAGUUUGGUUCCCCACCCAAGCUGCGCGCAUUUUGGCUCAGCGAACCCAGGUAAAUCUUGCUGGUACCGGUGCUGAAGCGGCGCAUAGGACGGCUAUGUCGUCGGCAGCAAAGGCAAAGUCUGUGAUGCCUGGCACCCCUGCCGCUCUCGCUGCAAUUGGUUGCAUGCCCAUUGUCACAGCCAUAGGUCUUGGACUUUCUUCAAAGUCAGAGGCUGAUGUUGCGAGGCAGCUUUCCGCUCAUAUGACUGGGCAUCGGGCAGUCUCAGGGGUUGAACAAAUGCAGUCUUCGUCGGUGCCGAAGGCCUCAUAG